AUGGGUUGUAUAUUAACAAUUGAAGCAAAGAAAUCAAGAGAUAUCGACUAUCAAUUAAGAAAAGAAGAAGGAAGUAAAAAUGAAACCAAAUUACUUUUAUUGGGACCUGGUGAAUCAGGUAAAUCAACUAUAUUUAAACAAAUGAAGAUUAUUCAAGACGAUGGUGGUUUCUCAAUAGACGAAAGAUUAGAAUACAGAUAUAUUAUUUAUGGUAAUUGCAUAAGCCAAAUGAAAGUUUUGGUAACUGCUGCUAUCUCUCAAGAUUUAAAACCAAAUAAUCCUGAUAAUGAGACUAGAUUUGAAAAGUUUUCAAAGAUUUCACCAGGUGGCAACUCUUGGACAUUAGAGAUUGCAGAAGAUAUUAAACAAUUAUGGAGCGAUGAUAGUAUACAAAAUAUUUAUAGAAUGAAAGAUAAAUUUUAUCAAUUAAAUGAUUCUGCAGCAUACUUUUUUGAUAAUAUUGGUAGAUUUGCAAAUGAAAAUUAUGUACCAACACAAGAUGAUGUAUUAAGAUCAAGAGUACGUACAACUGGUAUUCAAGAAGCACACUUUAAAUUCAUUAAUAUAGAAUUUAGAAUGUUAGAUGUUGGUGGACAAAGAUCAGAAAGAAGAAAAUGGAUUCAUUGUUUUGAUUCAGUUACAGCAGUUAUAUUUUGCGUUGCUUUGAGCGAAUAUGAUCAAACAUUACGUGAAGAAGAAUCUCAAAAUAGAAUGAAGGAAUCGUUAAUGUUAUUCGAUGAAAUUGUUAAUAGUCAUUGGUUUAGAAAUACAGCAUUCAUUAUAUUUUUUAAUAAAGUCGAUCUUUUCCGUGAGAAAAUCGCAAAGAUUGAUUUAGGUGAUUAUUUCCCCGCUUAUACUGGUGGUUUAUCAUUUGAUAACUCUACUCAAUUUAUAAAGAAAAUGUUUUUAGACCUUUCAACUGGAAAUCAAAGAAUCUUUGCUCAUUUCACUUGUGCAAUUGAUACUGCAAAUAUUCAAUUUGUAUUUCAUGCUGUUAGAGAAACUUUAUUAAAAAAUAUCUUUAAUACAAUCAUAAAUUAUUAA